CUCCCGCCAGAUGCCGUUGCUGUAGAAGAAGAAAUCCUCAGUUUCAGAGUCCUCUAGGGUUUUCUCACUUCAGCUACUGAAUUCUGGUGUUUCUUUGAUAUUAGCUGUAAAAGGAAGGUCAUUCGCAUAUUUUGAGUCUUCCGGAUAUUGGAAGCUUUGACAGCUAAGUUAGAUGCCAGCCUGAAAUACAUUGACCAAUUGCCUUACUAAGCUGGCUUCACAAAGUUGGAAAGGACUUUAAAAAUGGCACAUUAUUACGACAUUGAUGAAAUUAUUGUAGAGGAAGAGCUCGUCUCUGCUGUGUUCCAAAAAGCGGCAAAUGGAGUUGGAAUCCUUGAUCCUAGUGCUGAAACAAACAGUGUUGAACAAGGUUCAAAGGUAGAGCUGCCCUUCUGGCUUGCUCAUGAGUUACUCCAGAGACAAGCAGUGACAAUUAAUGUUCCUGCCUGUUUCAAUCAAAAAACCAGGAAGGAAAUCCAAGCGGAUGCUCCAUGUGUGGAUCUAAGGAGCCGAUGUCCAUAUUUCUAUGAACUGGGGUGCAAGGUAGCCCCAUUGGUUGGUGAUAGAACCAUUGGAUCCUUGCUCCUUCAGGCCUUUUUGAGCAGGUACAAGGAAGUUUUGAGCAAGGCACAUACAGCUGCAUCCACACCGGUUCCCAAAGUCUUGACACUUCUAACAAAAGAAGAAACCAAUUUGUAUGAGACAGCCCAAUCCUCUAUGGCAGCAUUUAAGAAAUGGCGGAUGGGUGGACCCAGAUUCCAGAGAGCUUCUGUUCUUGGGAGGAAGAGGAAACCAACUGAUUAGCCGCCCCAUUCAUAUGAUGUCACGAAGAAACUACUACUUGGAUAUUGUCUGUAAGUGAAACAUAUUAAUGAGCCAUUUCGAUUACAUAAAUCUGUGAGAAUUAAGAGAAUCAAUGCAAAGUUCUGAUUAGUACUUGAAAUAUUAGGAAGGAGGCCUCAAGCUUCUUGAAUAAAAAAACAAUGGUAGUUGAAGUUGAUUGGUGUUUGCACA